GGUCUAAGUAUGGUAUAUAUUUACAUGAUAUAUACAACAAAACUCAGUUAAUCCAAUUUACAAUUCACCCAGAAGAAGUAGCUCUCACUUUGAAAAAGGUUGAUGACCCCAGAUACAAAUGUCUAUCAAUCAUUCUGCAGGUCAAUUUGGUAGACCAGCAUAAAAGGUGUAUUAUCACCGCAAUCUCGAUUUGGGUGGUUAAGCCAGCCUCAAGGCAGGAUUAAAUUGGAUGCGGGAAUGAAAGAUACAGAGCAAGAAUCGAAGACGGGGAAAAGUUUCCUUGGAUUCUCUGGCUACUACUCACUGAUAUGUCAUGGGGGUUUGUGUUCGACCGACUUAAACGUUCAGGGCCAAACGCCACGGGAAGAGCAGACCGUGACGCAUUCUACAUCUCAAUAUGUAGCAACAUCUAGCUCCUGCAGAAACAGGUGUUUUGAGCUGGUUGAGAUGGAACCACCAAACUGUCGUUGUGACAAUCUUUGUAAGACCUACAAUAGCUGUUGCUCUGACUUUGACCGUCUCUGCCUCAAGACAGAUGGUGACUAUGAGUGCAGUAAAGAUCGUUGUGGGGAGAUACGAAAUGAAAACCAUUCCUGCCACUGCUCAAAUGACUGUCUAGCCCGAGGAGACUGCUGCACCAACUACAAGACACGCUGCAAAGGAGACAGUUCAUGGCUACAGGAUGAAUGUGAAGACAUGAAGACUCCCGAAUGCCCUGCAGGAUUUGUGCGUCCACCACUCAUAAUUCUUUCAGUGGAUGGUUUCCGAGCCUCUUACAUGAAGAGAGGGAAUACUGUCAUACCUAACAUUGAGAAGCUCAGAAAAUGUGGAACCCAUGCACCAUUUAUGCGACCUGUGUACCCUUCCAAAACCUUCCCCAAUCUCUACUCACUGGCUACGGGUCUGUAUCCAGAGUCUCAUGGUAUAGUUGGUAACUCCAUGUAUGACCCUGUCUUUGAUGCCACGUUCACCCUGAGAAGCCGAGAGAAACUUAAUCACCGCUGGUGGGGUGGACAACCAAUCUGGAUCACAGCUCUCAAACAAGGAGUCAAGGCCUCCUCCUUCUUCUGGCCCGUCACGAUCCCACUGGAACGGCGGAUACUUGCCAUGUUGCAGUGGCUCCAGCUCCCUGAAGUAGAGAGACCGUACGUUUAUGCUAUGCACUUUGAGCAGCCAGACAUAUAUGGACAUAAAAUGGGACCCAAUAGCAUCGAAUUGAAUUAUCCUCUUCGGUUGAUUGAUAGGAUUGUAGGUCAACUCAUGAAUGGACUUAAGCAGAUGAAAUUGCACCGAUGUGUCAACAUCAUCAUAGUUGGGGAUCACGGUAUGGAAGAGGCCCAUUGUGGCCAAACGGAAUUCCUCAGCAAUUACUUGACCAAUGUUGAUGAUAUCAUUCUUAUUCCUGGAUCCUUAGGCAGAAUACGCCCAAGAUUCCUCAACAGCCCAAAAUAUAACCCCAGGGCAAUUGUUGCAAAUCUAACUUGUAAGAAACCAGACCAGCAUUUUAGGCCUUAUUUAAAGCAGCAUCUGCCAAAGAGACUACACUACGCUAAUAACCGACGGAUUGAGGAUGUACAUCUACUCGUGGACAGGAAAUGGCACAUUGCCAGGAAAGCACCUGAAGUGAAGAGACUUUGUGGCUUCUUUGGUGACCAUGGAUAUGACAAUAAAAUCAACAGUAUGCAGACAAUAUUUUUGGGAUAUGGGCCUUCCUUUAAAUUCAAGACAAAAGUUCCAGUCUUUGAAAACAUUGAGCUUUAUAAUGUUAUGUGUGAUCUUCUUGGUCUAAUACCGGCACCCAAUAAUGGAACCCACGGCAGUCUGAACCACCUACUAAGAAACCCUUUCUAUAAACCUACUAUGCCUGAGGAAUUUUCAAAGCCAACCUCUUCAGCUCAUAUUCAUACAGGAACAGAUGACCUUGGCUGCAAUUGCAAUUACAAGUUUCGAGUAAAACGACGGGACCAAAGGGGUUUGAAAGUGACCAUUGCACGAGGCUAUAAUCUGGAGUCACUCUGGCUCUGUUUCUUACAGAACCAAGUGGAGGAGCUAAAUCAGCGACUGGGGCAAGCUAUUGAUGACAGUAGGAAUAUGCCAUAUGGUCGACCUGCAGUACUAUACCAUACAAAGUACUCCAUUCUGCACCACACUGACUAUGUCUGUGGCUACAAUGAGGAUCUUGCAAUGCCUCUGUGGACUUCAUACACCAUUAGCCGACAGGUAGACGUGUCUGCUUUGCCUGAAGUCCUGAUGAACUGUGUUCGGCCAGAUGCCAGAGUCCAAUCAGCCUUCACCCAGUCCUGUACAAACUACAAAGCAGAAAAACAUGUCACGUUUGCCUUCUUAUACCCACCACAAUUAUCCACAAGCAUCGAGAAGAAAUACGAAGCCCUUUUUAUAACCAACACUGUUCCUAUGUAUCCUGCAUUCAAGAAAAUAUGGUUUUAUUUUCAGAGAGUCCUUUUGAAGAAAUAUGCCACUGAAAGAAAUGGUUUGAAUGUUCUCACUGGACCAAUAUUUGAUAAUGAUUUUGAUGGUUUAAAGGACUCCACUGACAAGAUUAAAGCGUAUGCACGUGGUACAAUACCCAUCCCAACACACUUUUUUGUGGUUCUAACCAGCUGUUUAGACUUCAGGAAGGCUGCAGAUUCAUGUGGUGGCCCCCUUAGCUCUGCUGCCUUCAUCUUGCCACACAGACCAAACAAUGAUGAGACUUGCAAUCGCUCAGAUGAGGAGUCGAACUGGGUGGAGGACAUGAUGAAGCUCCACACAGCCCGGGUCAGAGAUGUUGAAAUCUUGACAGGUCUGGACUUGUACCGUAGGACCACACGGAGUUAUGCUGAAAUCCUAUCAUUGAAAACGCAUAUGCACACUUAUGAGAGUGAGAUCUAAAGUUUUACCUUUAUAUUUUUGCUGGACUUGAACUAUUUGAUCACAUUGUCUAUGACGAGAUAUCUCAUGGAACUGCACACUAGCUUGAUUGCUUCAUUCCCAUCUCUUCAACACCACUAAAUUGUAAAAGUCAGGUAGUAGUGAGGAAAAAAAAAACUUUUGAGUGUCUGUUCUGGACACACACGCGCACAUGCACACACACACACACACACACACACACACACACACACAAAAGAAACCUGUGAAGAUCAGAAUAUGUGUUUUACAUUUUACUGUAUUUGAAUACAGGUAUAUAUUAUACACGCUUGGCAAUGUUUUUGCGAUAUCAUGUACCUAUGGACACGGCUGCAGCCACCAUUCUGGAGGUUACGUAUUGUUUUGUUCCAGUGCUUAGUGAGUAUUUGACAAUAGAAAAAUGUUAUGGCCAACGUCAAAGAAUGUUUAAUUACUGUGUUGGAAUCAAGGGGAAAUGUUAGAACAUUUCUCCAGCAAGAGAUGGAGGUUGUGGCUUUCACAAAUCAACAGGGCUCUUUUCACUCCAGUUCGAGAAAAUACCUAGUCCAUACAUCAUUCGUGUUUGUUCUGAACACUUUUUUUAAAGGUAACCUUUAACACGAAGCAAUGUUAGAAAAUGCAUACUGCAUACUUUACACACACACACACACACACACACACACACACACACACACACACACACACACACACACACACACACACACACACACACACACACACACACACACACACACACACACACACACACACACAUACACACACACACACACACACA